UCAUCAUAUUUGUAAAAAAAUCACAACAGCAACAAGAAGCACCCACAUGUUUAAAAAUUUUUUUUUAUAAAAUUAUAAUUAAAAAAGUUGCAAAAAUAGAUACCAGCUAGCACGAUGUUUAGGACCCUGGAAUUUUGGUCGCAUGUCGUGAGUUCGUCGAGGAUCUUGAAAUGGCAGGCGGUGGAAGCGAUCGUUUGCAGAUGCUACGCGAAGAAAGCCAGAAAUGAUGGCUGCGCUAGAGCUCAUGUAGACAUCCCUCCUGCCGUCGAUCCUCUCUGUCCACAACCAUGUGAAAGACGAAAAAAGAAAAAGGAAGGGAUAUUGCAUAAGAUCAAACUGAAGGUCAUUGAGGGUGGGACUAAUUUCGGAACACCAUUUCGUCGCGUUGAAUGCAAGGAAGUUUGUCCCAAGAAGCCGAAAGCUCCACCGAAGGCGUUACCGGCGCCGGCGAAGAAACUCCCUCCAAUGCCGGAGCCUCGGCCUGGCGUCCAGGUAUCAGUGCUUGGUGCCGACACGGCUAUAGGACAGUACUUGGCUCUGCUUCUAAAGCAGUGCUCGUGCAUUAAAAAGUUACGUCUCUACGAAGCGAAAGAUUCUCAGGGUUGCAACAGGGACUUGUGCUCUGUAGUCCAAGAUCUUCAGCAUAUCAAUACCAAUUGUCUAGUACAGGCUUUCAGCUGUGCCUGUUACGGGCUCGAACGAUGUUUACAGAACUCUGACAUAGUACUAAUGCUAGAAAGCGGCUAUCUUAAUGUGGAUAUGCCCGUCGAGAAGAGAUUCCUUUACCAAGCGCCGAUAGUGAAGAGUUACGCUGACGCUAUCGCCAACGAGUGUCCCAAGGCGUUCAUUAUUGUUUGUGCUACGCCGAUUGACUGCAUGGUGCCUUUGAUCGCUGAGACAUUGAAAGAGACUGGCUGGUAUGACCCAAACAAGUUGCUUGGUUCAUUAGCAGUACCAGAGAUGCGCGCGAGCACUCUCGCCGCGCGCGCCCUCUGUCUGGAACCAAGAUACACUCGAGUACCAUGUGUAGGAGGCACAGAGGGGGAUACACUUGUGCCUUUAUUUUCUAAGGCUGUUGAGUACUUCGAUUUUGCUCAGCAUAAUACUGAAAUGAUGACUGAAGCGGUAAGGAAUGCUCCUUCGGCGGUGUCGAGGUGUGAUGGACCCUGCCAGAGGGUCGGAGACCUCAGUGAGGCUCACGCACUCGCUGGCCUGGUGACCGCCGUGGCACAUGCACUCCUGUGCCACGACAUCCCAAGAGUGACGGGUUUCGUUGAGACCGACCUUAGACAAGUUAUAUCCCCUGCCAGAUACCUUGCUUCGGACUUGUUACUGAACCAUAGAGGAGUCUGCAAGAGGUUGAGCUUUCCUCCGAGACUAAGUUCAUACGAACUGGGCCUACUCGACCUUUCACUGUUUGAAAUGAUGAGUCGUUAUGAGAUGGUGAUGAAAUGGCAUUGUUCAAACCUAGAAAGCAUGCACAGUGAUAUGUCUAAACAAAAGAUAUUCGCUACACCGAGACAUUAUAAACGCUUCAAAAAAUGUUAAUGAUUUAGUAGACUAAGUCGAAAGAUUGUCAAGUGACCAAAAUUCCAUGAACGUCGAUGUAACAAGGAAAAUAAAAAACUGUUCAGAAACAAAGAAGAAACACAAAUUGCACCUUUAGAAGUGUCACUACUGAAAAACAAAUGUAAACCGUGCUGCAGUUCCGUAUAUGAAAAUUGAAAUGUGUACCUUGAUGUCAUAGUUAUAAGAAUCAUAGUGUGAAAUACUUAGAUAUCUACGCUGUUGGACAAUUUAUUCCCAGUUUUCGACAUGUGACAUAAUUUGUACGAAACUUCGAAGGAGACAAAUCAAAAUAAUCUGAUUAUUCCAAGUGUUUUGUUGCUGUCUGUGAGAAUCGUUUCGUACCGAAUUUCAUACAAAAUAAUAAACCUUAAAAAAAUUGUAAAGCUAAAGUAAAAUAAAUAAAAAUGACUUCUUUAUUUAA